UUCAGACUACAAUGAGAAAUGAACGAGAGGCUGGAGGAAAAACAAGGCACUGGCUGGCUCAUGCUCCCCCCACCCCCAAAGCAGCCGCUUCUCUAGGCUGGGGAGUUCUCUCAAGGGUGUCUCACAGAGGGAGGAGAGAGGGGCUGAGGUCCCCGUGCUUCUUCCCACUCAAACGUGUCUGUUAACCUGUGGAUCGACUGGAAUGGAUCGCUACAGAUAUUUCAUCUUCAACCAGAAAAGCAUGGUUGUGUUGGGGCUCUUACAGAUAGCUUUUGCUGCAAUUUGUAUAAUCAGUGGAUUAAUAGAUAAUACUUUCAGAAGAGAAUCAACACUGAGUAAAACUAGGAUACCCAUCUGGGCUGGAGUGUUUAUGGGUAUUCCUGGAGUAAUGGCUUUAUUUUCUUCUCAGAAAAAGAAUCCAGUUCUGGUAAAUGUGAUGAUAAUUGCCUCUGUGUUUUCCUAUUUCACCACUUUAAUUGUGGUGAUCUAUGCCUCUCUAACUUUAGAGUAUGGUGAAAAAUAUGAGGAGUUUAACGAUGUGUCUUCUAAUCAUCCAGCUGUGGUGUUUGUGCUUGAUCAGCUUGUGGAAGGAGCCAAUAUAACAAUGCUGAUUGCAUCUAUUUUUAGUGCUGUUACUGUGCUCAUUAUUAUUUAUGUCAGUUGCAGAAGCCUUCCAUUUUGUUCAUGCUUUGACAGUGUAACUGGGCUUGAAAGACUACAAUCUAAUGAAGAUCAACUACAAACUGCAGAACUAGUUACUAUGUCACAUGGACAAGUGGACAGAAUUUUUAACUCUCCAGUGCAAUUUCCAGAUCUAAAUUUAGAAAGAGAUGAUGAAAUAACCAAACCGCCCCCAUAUAUCAGAUUUUCUUAGAAUUUUAUAAUGGAUCAUGGUUUUUAUCAGGAUAAAUGUAAGAGAUUCUGCUAUAAAAUUUGAACAUCUGCCGAAGUCUUCAUUUCUUAAAAAAAGACCACUUAAAAUACUACUGACUCUCAUGAGCAGAAGAGCCUGUAAGCUUUAUGACUGGUGAUCAUCUUACACAGCCAAUAUACCUCAUCCCGUCUCAGAUGAAAUUUGAACCUCAAUUCCCCAACAGUUACGUAAGCUGGGAUGUUUAUCAGUUUUAUACUAAGACAGCACUUGAUUCAGAAUCAGGGAACUAUAUGCAGGCAGAUUACUUUGUUGGAUCAGGAAUGUGCAAAACAGGAUCACAUGUAGAAGGUACAUGCCAAUUGGCUUCCUUUGCUCCAAAUGUACAAGGCAAGGGAGAAUACUGUAGAUACUGUUAAUAUCAACGGUGGCAGUCCACACCUCAGCCCUAGGCUACCAAUUUCCCUAUUCAUUUAUCUUCAUGGUUGUCAUAUGGAAUUACUUACCUCCUUAAAUAGCAUUCCUAUAACAUCCCUCAGAUGCAUAAUCUCAUUGAUUUCCCUCCUUUUAUUUGUUUUUAAAAGCUACAUGUGUACAAUCAGGGUUUUAGAUGAUAGUAGGUUUUGUAGCUUAAGGUGGGUAAGAAUGUUCCACAUGAACAAUUAUCCUUCCAUGAGUUUCAUAAAACCGGCCUAUUCCAAAUUUUUAAAAAUCAAGAAAAAUAUGUAAGGCACUAAGUUUGACAAAUAUUUAUGAAGUAUUGCUGAAAUCAGUGGUCUUCAAAUUUUGACAGCCUGCAACCCACCUUUACCACCCCCUAAGAAUGUGAUGUAAUAAUCAUAUGAUGGAAAGAGAAGCCAGAGUUAUGAUCUUAUUGCUAAAGAGGGGUAGCUUGAUGCCUGAAACAUGCUUGCAACACUGGAAAAGCAAGUGGGAGGAAAGAUAAAGAAAGCUUUUGAGGAUAGUGUUUUUCUGAAUAUGUCAUAAAAAGAAGUCCUCUGCAUUGCUGAGUAAACUCACCUUGUCUUCCUGUUGGUCCUCUGUGUACUUGUGGGUGCAAACGGGGGCUGGAAGUGAGACAGCCAUGCUCCCUGUACAUGCACACUAGCAGCAGAUCCGUUCAAUACAUUGUUGGCUCUACAUGGGCUUGCAACCCACCACCAAACGGUCUACCCUUCCAUGUUGUAUAGAAAAUAUAUGCAAUCAACGAAUGGCUGCUUCCUUAGAAAUUGGCAAGAAUGUUGGGACUAACCCACGGGAAGCAUUCAACAAUAUCAAUCAUCCACUUAAAUAAAUUUUUAUAAAUUUUCAGUUUUUAAAGUGCAAGUGCUAUAAACAAGGUUAGUGCAAUACAUUAAGUGUAAUAAAUAUAAUAAGAAGCUAACUCUUCAUAAAAGCAAUAUAGCAGCAACAAUUCAUGUACAGUUUAAGUACAUUCUACUGGAACAACCGGGAACUAUAAGGUUAAUGUCCAUGUCCUGUCUCCGUUGUCGUUUCUUCCAACAAUUAUCUUAAGGUGUCUCCUCCAGAUGGUAGAAAAGCCGCAAGGUUGAGACUGGCAAGGUGAACCUUUUCACCCUAUCUGGGGCCGGCUGAAGCACAGAUUUCACAAAAGCUUCCUCAGGAGUAACUGCUCUAUUAAAGACAUGCAUACACUCUAAAACCAUCUCAAAAUACGAUAGGUUUACCACAAAAAUCCUUCCUCCCAUAGUAUAGAAAAUAUAAGCUGGAGGCCUGUGAAGAAUUGCAGGAAGGAGGAACAAUUUUGAAAUGCGAACUCAUCCUUCACAUCUCCUAAUCUAAGCACUUGGGGUGAAAUUGUCAUCCUGCCACCCUUUGGUGUGCGGGGUCCCGCAGGGAGCAAUACGCUCCCCAUUAUUGUUUAACAUCUAUAUGUGCCCCCUUGCCUGGUGCGGUUUCGGACUUGGGUGUCAUCAAUAUGCAGAUGACACCCAGUUGUAUCUGAUGAUGGAUGGCCGGCGUGACUCAGCCCCAGAUGUCCUGGAACAUGCUUUUGCAGCUGUGACUGGUUGGUUGAAGCAGAGUUGGCUGAAACUGAGCCCAACGAAGACAGAGGUCCUGUACUUGAGCCACGGGGGAUUAGGUUUGGGACUCUGGCACCCAACCCUCGAUGAGGGAACAGUUAGUGCCAGUUCCGAGGGUUAAGAGCCUGGGGGUGAUCUUGGAUGCCUCCCUGAAAAUGGAGGCACAGGUCACAGUGGUUGUCAGGUUCUCUUUUUUCCAUAUGCGGCAGACCAGGCAACUUGUCCCUUACCUGUCAACCCGUGACUUAACUACAGUGAUCCAAGCAACGGUCAUCUCUAGGCUAGAUUACUGUAACUUGCUCUACACAGCGCUGCCCUUGAGCCUGACCCGGAGAUUACAGCAGGUACAAAAUGCAGCGGUGCAUGUUAUUGUAUGUGCCAAAUAAGGCGCAUAAAACACUGUUCUUACGCGAGCUGCAUUGGUUGCCAGUGGAGUACCGGAUCAAAUUCAAGGUUCUGGUAUUGACCUAUAAGGCCCUGUGCGGACUGGGACCAGCGUAUCUACAGGACCGUCUCUCCCCAUAUAUUCCCCAGAGGACACUCCGAUCGGGACAAACAGCUGUUGGUGGUCCCUGGCCCCAAGGAGGCCCGCCUAGCCUCGACUAGAGCCAGGGACUUUUUCGGUCCUGGCUCCCACCUGGUAGAAUGCUCUGUCUGCUGAAAUCAGGGCCCGGCAGGACCUACUAUCUUUUUGCCGGGCCUGCAAGACAGAGUUGUUCCGCCAAGCAUAUAGCUGAGGCUGGGCCUCCGCCGGCCUGGAAAAGGGGUGUAUAAAUCUUAACCCUCCUUGUGAAGGCUACCAUCCUGUUUUAAAUGUGUUGUUUUUAAUGUACAUGAAUUUUUUAAUUGUAUUUUUAAUAUGUUGUUAUCUGCCCUGAGCCCGCUUGCAGGGACGGCAGAAUACAAAUCUGAAAUAAA